AUGGAUGAGGUGAUGAUGGCCACCUCGCAUUGCGACAGUCCGCCACAGUACGGCACUGUCGUACGCACGGUCGUCGGGUCCUUAUUAUGGAUCGCCAUCAUUGCAGCAUAUACUCCGCAAUACCACCGCAUCCGGAAGGAAGGCACUAAAGGGAUAUCGGCCUACUACAUCCUCAACCAUGCUCUGUUUUCCACCACGACGCUGGCGUUACGGCUCAGCCACAGUGUCUUUUACACAACCUUCAACUGUGUGGCCAGCGGCGAGCUCCAAGGCUGGAGGGGAUACUCUGCGUCUCUGGACUUCCUCGCCGUCUUUGUCCAGUGGAUGUGCGCUGUGAUCCUCUUGGUUGUAUAUGUGCGACAUCGUACGCCCGCUGUGCUACCAGACCAGGCGCCGAUCCGCCGGCUCUCGGACUGGCAGCCUGAGGAGGCCCACGAGCACAAGCUCACAUCACACAAGAUGCGGAGAAUGCUGGUGGCCUAUGCCGGUGCUACCUUGCCGAUAUCGUUGCUGCUGCUCAUCUUCAACGUGCAUCCCACUUUCCAAAACCAUCGGCUGCAUACGGCCGUCUAUGUUGUGUUCUGGUCCAUUUGGGUAGCCUUGCUAUGCGCGGUGGAUGCCUUCCUCGUUGUGUUUCAGUUCAUCAAGCAGCUGAAGACUGUAGGCAGGCUGCGGACUCGCGGGUCCCUCAGCAUUGUCUCGGUGCUUCUCCUUUCCAUCGUCUUGAUCUUACUUGCCGUGACUCAGUUCUAUAGAUCUCGGGGCAACAUCGUCCUUCCUCGCGAACGGCAUGUGAGUUUCGGGCGCUUCCUGCAGUUGUUCGGGCUCACUUCUGGGAAAGCAACGACAAGACCCUACAGCAGUCCGUCGACCAUUUCGAGAAGGAGCCCGGUUCAACAGACUUUCUAUUUCACUCGCCGCUCCACCCUCGACAGAUCACAUCCUUUCUUCAGCGUGCCCACCAUGGCUCCGUCGAUCUUCUACCUCCUCUUCGCGUCUCUGUUCUUUGGAGCUCGGGCAGACUUCUGGAUCUACAAAGAUGUGCAGCAUCAUUUCGGCUUGACCUACGUCUACAUAAUCUUCCUGAACCGCAUGCCGACCUGCGACGAGGCCAAAGACGUCGAAGUCUACGGAUCCUCCGACGACGUCAGCGGCAAUAAGCGAGGCGUGCGUGUGAACUUCAGCCAUGCCGACCCUUACGCUCCAACACUCAUCGAGUUCAACACUUACUUUGGACAUUACACGAUCUACGGAGACCGCCAUUAUGACAUGGUGGAUCUGGAUGGCCAUGUCGUGGGACGAUGCCACCCGGAUACGUCGCAGACGUUCAAGUGCGAUCGACCAGGUCAGCUUGGAUACCAGGUUGGCUAUUCGAUGAUCUUCUGUUCUUCCGACAUCCACGCCUGA